AACAUCCAAUUAACUUUCAACAAAUUAAAAAAAAAAAACCAAAUCGAAUCAAAAUUCUCACAAUCAACAAACUAACACAUUAAAAUCCCCAAUUUUUUAUACGUAAACCUCUCGUUUCGAUUUACAAAAACCCUAAUUUUCCCGUUGAUCGCACACAUUCUUCACAGGCAACUAGGCAACUAGCCAUCCGGUUGAAAGCUAAAGGAAAAUUUCAAAUUUGUAUAUUGGAGCUAUACAUUAAUCGUUAGGAAUGUGUCUUGAGCAUCAUGGACAUGGAUGAUAAACUCGUUGCUAAAGUUUCUGUUUCUAGAAGAACGACACUCAAUUGAUGCUUCAAGAAGUCUAGAGCUGGUCAACUCCUGUGUUAUUUAUUUGGUAACGAGAAUUAAUCAUCUUCAACAAGAAACAUGAAUAAGAAACUGUUGAAGAAUCAGGAUUCCAAGAAGGUAACCGUGAGUCCAAAAAGUCAACCUUCAAGAAAACAAAGCAGAAAAGGGGAAAACCCUAUACGGAUUCCACCGAUCACAGAGCCAUGUUCUGAUUCUAGAUCCUCAAGUACUUGGAUUUGCACGAACUCCGCCUGUAGAGCUGUACUUUUCAAUGCUGACACUUUCUGCAAGAGAUGUUCAUGUUGCAUUUGCCAUUUAUUUGACGACAACAAGGAUCCUAGUCUUUGGUUGGAAUGCACAUCUGAUUCUCCCGAAAGUGAAUCGUGUGGGCUAUCUUGCCACAUUGAGUGUGCCCUCCAGCGUGGCAAGGCAGGUGUUGUGGAUCUUGGCCAGUUGAUGCAACUUGAUGGGAGUUAUUGUUGUGCUUCAUGCGGUAAAAUUUCAGGGAUACUUGGGUAUUGGAAGAAGCAACUGACCAUUGCUAAGGACUCUAGGCGUGUUGACAGCCUAUGCUAUAGGAUAUAUUUAAGCUUCAGGCUUUUCGAUGGCACAAGAAGGUUCCAAGAACUCCAUGACAUUGUUAAAGAUGCAAAGAGCAAAUUAGAGACCGAAGUAGGUCCACUGAGUGGGGUCUCUUCUAAGAUGGCACGAAGCAUAGUAAGCAGACUUUCUGUUUCAGGUGAAGUUCAAGCACUGUGUAACGCUGCAAUUGAAAAGGCUGAUGAAAUUUCCGCCACACUUUCCACUGCAAGCCUGGAUGAUAAAGGCUCGGUCCCUGCAGCAUGCAAGUUCAUCUUUGAAGAAGUAACAUCAUCUUCUGUAGUGCUUGUUCUAAUAGUACCUUCUACAGCAUCGUCCAAUAGUAUAAUCGGUUUCAAGUUAUGGUACUCCAAAACUACAGAAGAGACCCUUGCUAAAGAUCCCAUUUCAACUUUCCCUAGAUCUCAAAGAAGAAUUUUGAUUUCAAAUCUGCAGCCUUGCACCGAAUACUCAUUCAGGAUCGUAUCGUACACCGAAAAUGGUGAUUUGGGUCACUCAGAGGCCAAGUGUUUCACGGGGAGUGUUGAGAUAUUACACAAGAACUCUGCUGGUGUUACCCUUCGUCAUGAUGAAGGAACCUCGGGUGCCAAAGAUGUUGAGUCAGACUCCGGAUUUAAAGUUCGGGAUCUCGGGAAGAUCCUACGGCUAGCUUGGGUCGAAGAACGAGGAUAUUUGGAUGAUAUAUCAGGUGCAGAUUUGAGUGGGCUUGGUCGAAUGGUCAACCCAGAAACUACAAAAGCUGAAGAAUUACCAUUUACAUCACAUGGACUUGACUUGAAUAUCGCCACAGUGCCUGACUUAAACGAAGAGGUUGCUCCUCCAAACGAUUCUUCCAGAGAUGAAGCAGAUCAUGGAAGCGGUGGAUCUGAAAACUGGGCCCAGCAUGGGCCCAAUGGGGAAGUGCCAGCUGUUGAUUCCCAGGCUGAGGUGUCACGAAAAAGGCCCGCUAGUACAGAGAUCCAUGAUUGUGAUAGCGUGUUAGUAAACAUCUCAUCACCCUUUCCAGCCAACAAAGGUGGAGCAGGGAACUUGGAUGAAAACUUUGAAUAUUGUGUGAAGAUGAUUCGAAUGCUCGAGUGUGAAGGGUACAUCAAACAAGAAUUUAGAUUAAAGCUGUUAACAUGGUUUAGUUUGAGGUCAACCGAGCAGGAACGUAGAGUGGUCAACACUUUUAUUCAAACACUAAUAGACGACCCGAGCAGCUUAGCAGGGCAGUUGGUUGACUCAUUUGCUGAUAUCAUAAACAACAAGAAGCCUAGAAAUGGAUUCUGCAGUAAACUAUGGCACUAAACAAGGACCGACAGACAGACUUGUGAUUUAAGUUACUAUUGGGAUUGCGCACAUUUUUUCUUUACCGAGGCCCCCGAGAAAGCAUCUCAUAUAUUCAUAGCCGAUUUAAUCAAUAUGUUAACCUUUUCGUCUUUUUUAAUUUUUACAUUUAAAUUAUUCGUAUUUAUUUCAUACAAUUAUGUCGCGGACAGAUGUAGCUGGUCAUUGAUGAAUGCUCAAUUUCCUUGGUAAGUGCUCGCCUUCUGGUCUCAGUUUGGACUAUUUUAAAGAUUUUCAUCUUUCACAGA